AUGGAUUGGGGAAAUGUGACGGUCGAGGAUCUCGUCGAUGCUCUCCGGGAAGUUGAUUGGUCGUCUCCGCCGCGUCCUCUCUCUGAGUUCUUCUCUAGAUUCACCGUUCCUAAAUCUUUCGCCAAAUGGGAUAGUCGCCUCAAGUGCAAUCUCUACUACUACAGAACAAACUAUUUCAUCAUGAUCGUCUUUAUACUUGGAUUGGGAUUUCUUACGAGGCCUCUCGCGAUUCUCUCUGCGCUUUUGACAGCAUUGAGUGUAGCAUUUCUUAAUGACAGCUUUGCAGGUUCCUUUAGUGAGAAGGCGACAAGAACCGUCAGAAGAUUCUCUCCACAGUUAGCUGCUAAAAUGAGACCUCCAUUGACACCUGUCAUUCGUGGACGCCCAUCAGCAAAGAGAGCAAUCCAUAUAUGUGGUCAACCCCGUUGGGUCUUUGUCUUGAUAUUCUCACUUGUGAGUUUUGCUCUUUGGUAUAUUUCGUGUGGUUUGUUCACAGUCUCUUUGGCACUACUCAUUGGACUUCUUGCUACAAUUCUUCAUGCAAGCUUGAGAACACCGAAUUUGAAGGCACGUCUUAACACAUUCAGGGAGGAAUUCCGAGCGGUAUGGCGUAACUACAGUGAGAUUUAG